GCCUGUUGCUCUAGCUGUGUCUUCCUGCUCCAGAGGAUGGGAGAAGCAGAAUUGGGUCAAAUGCUGCCAGCUCUGACUGGCUGUGCUCACUUUAAGGGGCCCAGGGGCAGGGCAGAACAGGCUGGAAAGGAGCUCUCACUGAUGCUUCUCAAUGUCAGCCUCAGCAGGAGCCCACCAGAGGGCGGAAGCAGGAGUUGUACCAACCACUGGGAAAAGGGCAAUCAGGCAGGGCAACACCCGGGCUGGAAGAGGGGAAGCUGCCUUGGCCUAGCUGUGGAGGAUGAAAGAUGGAGUGGCCAGGCCCUCCCUCCCACUAACCCCACCCUCCCAUCCCUGUCUAGAGGGGCUGACUCAGCCUGUUCCCAGGCCUAGAACCUUCCCUUUGCUAAACCCUGGAUCCUUUGUCUCUGUAGUCAUGAGGCUGAAGGGGGUGGGGACAGUGUUGAUAAAAGGCACUAGAGGCAGCUCCCACACCCUUCCUCAGAACUGCUGCCCAUAUGCAGCCCCGGACACAGCCCCUAGCCCAAACCCUACCUUUCUUCCUCGGAGGGGCCCCUCAAGACACUGGGCUACAGGUGCCUGUCAUUAAGAUGGGCACAGGGUGGGAGGGCUUCCAGCGGACCCUGAAGGAAGUCACCUACAUCCUCCUCUGCUGCUGGUGUAUCAAGGAACUGCUGGAUUAAUGGUGGCAGGGAACUGCCUCCUCUCCCCACCAGCACCAUGGCUGGCAUCGCUCAGGUGGGCAGGGUAGAGUAAACAGGAGGCAUAGCUGCAGCUUCUGUAGCAGAGCUUGCCUCAGCUUCUCAUUCUCUUCUUUAGCCCCCAGCCCAAUUGCCUUCAGGACUCCUGGGGCCAGCUGUGCUUGACCAAGGAUGGGCCAUAAACAAUGAGUAAAGAGUGAAGUGUGGAUCCUGCUUUGAGCUGUGUCAUCUGGCGGCCCUGCCUCAUCUCUGAGCCUCCUCCAUUCCCAACCCCUGCCUCUGGGGAACCUCUGGUGGGCAGGAGCUUGGACUGAUCUGGCUAGGACCCCAGUAAGAUUGUGGCAAGACCUGGCACUCCUCCAAGCUUGGCACAGUGGGCCCACCAGCUCAGAUGGUUGAUCCACUAUACUCUCAUAGUACCAAGAAUGGACUGUCCCCUAAGAUAACUGUUUGAGAAUCACUAAAUUAUAAAUAUAAUGCACAGGCCUUGAGGCCCAAGAUUCUAAAUGUCUAAAGGGGAAUCAAAAAAGUCAGCACUAGAAGGGUCUGAGAGCCAGGGUGCAGACCAGGGAGGGAAGGAGCUUGUCCUGAAUAGAACCAAGAUUGAAAGCCAGGUUUUCCAACUCAC